GCUGACGCGUGGCUCAGCAAGUACGAACGCUCGGACGGAGGACUUCGCGCGUGGCUUGAUGCAGCGUUGUUGCCUGGCGGAGCAAUGCUGUAUGGAGAUCCGGACAUCGAAAAUAAUAACAAAGCGAAGGAGUUCAUGCAGUCGUCCUUCGUGCUCGCCACCAUGGAACACCACGCGUCCUGGACCAAGGGUGCGCUCCGGCCUCGCAGGGAGGAUCGCCCAUACCCAGUUGGAGCUCUCGCACUGGCACUGGCUGCUAUCGAGCGAGCAUUCAGGUAUCACUCUUUACAGUCCCCAAACGGGAAAGGCACGGCGAUGCCUGCUUUCUCAAAGGUCAAGGCCGGCUCUCUGACGACGAAGUGGAUGCGCACAGCAGUCGCAGACCUGCUCGAAAUGUCCGAGUCGUUUGACCGGCUUGUUGAGGCAGCGGACGAGCUCGCGGGAGUU